ACAGGUGGAAAUAAUACCAUAGAUAAAUUGGACGGCUCAUUUUCAAGAUCCAGAUCAUCAUCUAUGUCAAGUAUUGAUAUGUCUUCCUCUGAAUCUGUGACAAGUAUAGCUUUCAUUGAAAGUUAUGGAAAGAAAAGUGAUACUUUAACACUUGUUCCUACACUUUGGAUCGGUACCAGUUUCGGAUCUAUUUUAACUCUUCUGAUAACUCUACCGGAUAAAGAGUUACGAAAAGCACAACCUGUGUUAGUGGCAAUUAAUGGGGGCCCACUGGUUCGUUUAAAGGGUUCAAUUACAUCAAUGUCAUUUUUAGACUCAUUCGGCUCAUUGAUUCCAUAUUCGUCUGAGGCUUGGCGAGAUGAGAAGAAAGAUCGAACCCCAACAAAGAGUAGCAGUAAAACGAGCCCUACUUUUACACCGACAACUGCCAACACAAUAUCAAGUACUCCGGGUGGAAAUAUUUACAGCAGUAGUAGCAAUGCUAGCAGUAGUGGCGUAAGUGGAAGCCCUAGCAUUGGGUUAGAUUCUUUGACAGAUAGACAAUAUAUAGUAAUCACAAGUGAAAAGCAAACAAAAGUCUUCGAUAUUGCAAAUCAAAGCUGUAAUUAUCGCAUUAAUUUAUCAGAGAUGGAUUUUGCAGUAAAAGCGGAAACUAUUUCAAUGAAAGGUAAAUUACAUAUUUAUUUCAAUUGGUAAUUACACAAU